AACACUUACCACGUGCCAGACACUGAGCUAAGCUCGUCACACCUUUACACCACCCAAUCCUCACACAACAUUCUGCGGUAGGUUUUACCAUCCCCAUUUUACAGAUAGGAAAGCUGAGGUUCAAGGAGGUUAAAUUGCUCUAAAUGACCCAGCAAGGUGAGGCAAGAAUUACAUUCCAACUAAUCUCAGUAAUAAAAUGUAUGCUCUUAACUGCUACACUGCUCUGCCGAGCUUCAGGGGAGCCUUUCCCCUUAAAAGCCACCUGCUAUCAACUCUCCGGGAAGGAGAUGGUAUUUCUGAACAUCUCUCUGCCCCUGGAAGUGCCAAGGCACUUUCAUGGGGCUCCGUUCCACCAUCUGAAAAGAUUUUUUUCAGGGGAGGAUCAGAGAAGGACUUCAACUUUGAUUCUAUGAUCUGCCACGGGGAGACUUCGAGCAGAGGUGAGACAUGACAUGACUUACAUCCUAAGAGAAUACUGCCAUGCUGACACUAAUGAAGACCAAGGCGGAAGAAGCGGGGACACCCGUCAGGAGGCCAUUGCAAUGACCCAGCCCAUCAAGACAUGGCGUCAAAGAUCUUCUGCUGUUGCUGCCAGACCAGCGAGGAGUCCUCUACUACUAUUGUCUCACAUAGUACAAGAAUAUCCCAGCAGCCUCAGCCACGGACCUUCAGUAGGUCCUGGGAGGGGACGUGUGGUAGCAGGCGAGAACACCGGACUUCCCUCACCGGGCUUCGGUCUCCCCAGCCACCCCCUGCUGGGACACAUCAGAUUUCUUUCAUCCCCACGUGGGAUGUGACCCAGACUGUUCAUCUACCUGUAACCCAAAGCCUUUACCGAGGAUCAACCUUUUCCUUCCCCCUUUCAGAUCUGAACACGAAUCCUCACAAGAAUGGUCUCCAAAAGAGAUACGUACAGCACCCCACCAACAAGUGGAUGCUGAAAGCGUGCAAUCUCAGGAGACCCUGAGGUUUCUAGAAGGCGGCCCCCAUGCUGUGCAGCUGCCUGAGCGGCUCCUCCG